UCGAUUGAAGAAUAUUUUCUAUGAAUUAUACGUUUGCUAAAAUUGUUUUGUUUAUAUGCAAAUAAAUAUAUAAUUGUAUUUAUUGAAUUGAAGAUUGAAAAUGCUCAACGAAAAUAAAAGAAAAGCUGCAGAUCAAAACGCUUUACUUCCUGUCGCUAAAAAGUCCCGAAAUGAAGUCGCUAACGUUAAUAAGAACAAAAGUGUAUUACAAGCAGCCCCAGCAAGAACUUCAAAUCUUUUCGCACCAAUAAUGCUAUUGGAGGGACAUGAAGGAGAAAUAUUCACAGUCAAAUUCCAUCCUGAUGGACAAUAUUUAGCUUCUUCUGGAUUUGACAGAAAAAUUUUUCUAUGGAGUGUUUAUGGAGAAUGUGAGAAUAUAUCUGUCUUGACUGGUCACACUGGAGCCGUAAUGGAACUACAUUUCUCAAGAGAUGGAUCUAAUAUCUUUACAGCUAGCACUGAUCAUACCCUUGGCCUUUGGGAUAUAGUCACAGCUCAAAGAAUAAAGAAGUAUAAAGGACACACAACAUUUGUUAAUUCUUUAGAUGUUGCGAGAAGGGGACCCCAAAUGAUUGUUUCUGGUAGUGAUGAUAAUAUAAUAAAAAUUUGGGAUAUUAGAAAAAAACAGAGUGUCACUAAUUUGAAUUCAUCAUAUCAAGUAACAGCAGUUUCUUUUAAUGAUACAUCAGAACAAGUUUUUAGUGGAGGAAUUGACAAUGAUAUUAAAGUAUGGGAUUUGCGUAAGGAUGAAGUACUUUAUACUUUGAAAGGACAUACAGAUACUGUUACAGGAUUAUCUUUGAGUCCUGAUGGUUCAUAUUUGCUAUCUAAUUCCAUGGACAACAGUCUUAGGAUAUGGGAUAUAAGACCCUUUGCUCCUGUAGAAAGAUGUGUGAAAAUGUUUUCAGGUCAUCAACAUAAUUUUGAGAAAAAUUUGUUGAAGUGUUCGUGGUCUAGUGAUGGAAACAGAGUAUCUGCAGGAUCAGCAGACCGAUUUGUCUAUGUUUGGGAUACCACUACAAGAAGAGUUCUAUAUAAAUUGCCAGGACACAAUGGCAGUGUAAAUGAUGUAGAUUUUCAUCGUGAUGAACCAAUUAUUGUAUCAGGUGCUAGUGAUAAGCAAAUCUACCUAGGAGAAAUUGAUUAACUUAAUUAGAUGCAAAUACCAAAAUUGUAUCAAUUUGUAAUAUGUACAUUCAUUUUUGAAAAUAUCUUCAAUAAAUAAAAGAAUAUUGCUUUCA